AUGAAGCAUGUCAUGGAACGAUCUGAAGUCAGGGAACGGAUCUUAAAGGGUCAAGCCAUAGUGAUUUAUGACGGACAUGUUUUGAGACUUGAUAAAUGGAUUAAAUUCCAUCCUGGAGGUGACAAGGCGAUCCACCACAUGAUAGGGCGGGAUGCUACAAACGAGAUGAAAGCUUACCACUGCGACGAUACUGUAGAUGGGUUCUUGAAGUGGCGAAUUGGUAGUAUAUCAGAACGUUGGGUCAAUUUCUUGCCUCCGAUUCAAGGAGGAGACUUUGAUGAGCAUUCUGAAGUUCCAGACCAGUGGCUCGUCGUAACUAAGCAAGACGAGUUUGAAGAUAUAAGAUCCAAUAAGAAAAUGUGUGGAGAGCCGGACGUGAAGAUUUACCCAAAAGUACCCCAAGGCAUUAUUCCAUCUCUAGAUCUCAAACAGGCUUUCGAAAGAAAAGUUGUCUCAGACCCGGCCGACAUAUCUGAGAACUAUGACAAUGAGUUGGUGCGUCGUGAUUUAGCUAACUUACCCAGUUUAGACGCUGAAACACAAGAUUGGCUUUCUCGCGAAUACAACAUAAUGCAUGAAAAAGUCAUAAACGCAGAUCUUUACAAAUGCAACUACCUCCGAUAUGUGAAAGAGGUAGCGAGAAUCGGCACUCUGUUCGGUAUCUCUUUUUACCUACUUUUUCGCGUCAACCACAAAUUUUGGAGUGCUAUUUUCCUUGGCGCCGCCUGGCAACAACUUGUCUUUAUUGCUCACGAUGCGGGUCAUAUUAGCAUAACUCAUAACUACCAAGUCGAUAACAUAAUUGGUAUGGUGAUAGCAUCCUGUUUGGGUGGACUUUCGCUCGGAUGGUGGAAGCGUAAUCACAACGUACAUCACUUAGUCACCAAUGAUCCCAUCCAUGAUCCUGAUAUUCAACAUCUGCCCUUUUUUGCUGUUAGUACCAGACUAUUCAACAAUAUUUAUUCCACUUACUAUGAGCGCUUCAUCUGGUUUGAUAAGUUCGCGCAAAAAGUCAUUCCUCUGCAAAACUUUUUGUACUAUCCGAUUUUGAGUUUUGGCAGGUUCAACUUGUAUCGCCUGAGCUGGAUGCACGUACUUCUUGGAUUGGGCCCUCGCCGAGGCAAAGCUGCAUGGUUUCGGUAUUUUGAACUCGCUGGCCUGAUAUUCUUCAAUUAUUGGUUUUUCUACCUAGUCUGCGGUAAGGGAUUGCAAAGUGGCUGGGAGAGAUUCCAGUACAUUAUGAUUUCUCACAUAACAACUAUGAUUGUACAUGUUCAAAUUACCCUAUCGCAUUUUGCAAUGUCCACUUCUGAUUUAGGGGUUGCCGAAGGAUUUCCCAUGAGACAACUUCGGACUUCAAUGGAUGUCGAUUGUCCUAGAUGGCUCGACUUCUUUCAUGGUGGUCUUCACUUUCAAGUAGUGCAUCAUUUGUUUCCGCGUUUGCCUCGACACAACCUAAGAAGCGCCCAGCCGUUUGUUAUUGAAUUCUGCGAGAAAGUUGGAUUGAAGUACUCGAUCUACGGGUUCAAGAAAGGAAACACCGUUGUUCUCAACAAGCUGGAGGAGAUUGCCCAACAAGCUAAAACUAUGCUCGAAUGUGCGAAAUCCAUGGAACAAGAGGCUGUAGGCAGAAAGAACGAAAACUAUCAGGCGCCAGUCCACGAGAAACAGCGCAAGCUGGCUUGA